ACACUCUGUGGCAAAUGAACUUGAGAUCAAGGGAAUCAAUUGAGUCGGGACAUUAUCCUGUCCGUGAAGGUGAACCAGAUUGUUCCUACUACAUCAGGACUGGUCUCUGUAGGUUUGGAUCAACUUGCCGAUUUAACCAUCCUCCUAAUAGGAAACUGGCCAUUGCCACGGCAAGGAUGAAAGGGGAGUAUCCAGAAAGAAUGGGACAACCAGAAUGCCAGUACUACUUGAAGACUGGAACUUGCAAAUUUGGAGCCACAUGCAAGUUUCACCAUCCUAAAGACAAGGCUGGGAUUGCUGGAAGAGUUACCCUAAAUGUCUUGGGCUAUCCACUUCGCCCGAAUGAGGCUGAAUGUGCUUAUUACAUGAGAACUGGACAGUGCAAGUUUGGAAGUACCUGUAAAUUUCACCAUCCCCAACCUUCUAACAUGAUGGUCUCUUUACGUGGCUCCCCUACUUAUCCUCCUGUUCCUUCUGCAACAACUCCUGGUCAGCUGUCCUAUCCCUUGUCCAGAGGAUCUUUUAUCCCUGGUGCACGCUGGCAGGCUCCGUCAAGUUACACUCCAUUGAUAAUGCCUCAGGCAGUAGUAUCAGUUCCAGGAUUUGCAUACAGUGGUCAGAUGGGAUCGAUUUCUUCUCCCGAGGGCCAGCAACAGACAGCUGGAAAUAGCCAGGUUUAUGGAACUUCACGAUCCGGUGAUGCAGUAAAUAUGGGAUCCCAAGGAGUUACUUCCCCAUAUCGUCCAGCUUCUGUUCCUAUGGGGUACUAUGCAUUGCAGGGGGAGAAUGUCUUCCCUGAACGACCUGGGCAGCCUGAAUGCCAGUUUUACAUGAAGACUGGAGACUGCAAGUUUGGUGCUGUUUGUAGAUUCCAUCAUCCGAGGGAAAGGCUGAUACCUCCUCCUGACUGCAUGUUAAGUCCCAUUGGACUUCCUUUACGCCCUGGAGAACCGUUGUGUAUUUUCUAUUCCAGAUAUGGGAUCUGCAAAUUUGGCCCAAGUUGCAAGUUUGAUCACCCAAUGACGGUAUUCACUUAUAGCAUCUCAGCAUCAUCUCCCACUGAUGCUCCUGCAGUUCAGCGUCUAUUGGGUUCAUCAUCAGGAACCAGUGCGUUGACCUUGACUUCAGAAGGGCUUGUUGAAGCAGUGUCAACGAAGCCCAGGCGACUAUCACUCUCAGAUACAAGAAAGAUGCCACCUGGUGAUAAUAACAUUGACAGAGAGGGAUGAUUUUUA